AUGAUAUUGCGCUCGACAGCGUACACUACCGCUCGGAGGGGUGCAAGAGGGGUGCAUGAUUUCGUAAGAGGAGCUACCGCGGGAGGGACAUAUAAAGUGCCACUGAACAACCCAAAGAUCGUAGGAAUUUACUCAUCAAGAGGGAGUAGGGAAUAUCAAGAAGAUGCAGCUACCGUUGGAUCGUUGCAACUUCGUCCGGCGGAACUUCGAACGACAUUGACAAAGCUUAAAUCACCUUAUGAAUGGGACCCGUCUUCAUCUGGAUCAGAAUUCCUCGCUUCUCAAGUAACUGCUUUUGGGAUUUUUGACGGACACGGUGGUAGAGAAGUAUCGACGUAUCUCAAAGAUAACCUGUUUAAAAUCAUUGAAGGAGUGGAGUCGGACCAAAUUGAACCUUUGGUAGAAUGGACGAAAGAUCGUCAUGCAGGUUAUUUCAAACGUUGGAGAGGAGGCUCACUAUCACGUUGGACAAAAUUCGCUAUCAAUGGACAAAAACAAAUCCCUGGAGAUGGUGUCGAGAUGACCAUGGAAGAAAGAUUAACUACUGCGUUCUUACAGGCGGAUAAAGAGAUAUUGGAAGGAAUUGAAAAAUCACAAAGAUGCGGUUCGACAGCUUCACUCGUUUUGCUUCAUUCGCUAGAUAGUCCAGGUCAACCAUAUUGGUCUUCUAAGGAGUUGAGUCUCACCGUCGCUCAUUGUGGAGAUACACGUGCACUCCUGUGUCAUCGUACAACGGGUCAAGUCAUAUCUCUCACAGAAAAACAUCAUGCUGAGUCUAGAGUGGAAGCCAGUCGACUGAGAAGGAUGGGAGCGGAGUUAUUGGUCUCGGAUAGUUUUGGAGAAAGUAGAUGGAUGGGAGUGGUGGAGAAUACUAGGGGCUUCGGUGAUGGAGACUGGAAACCUUCAGGAGUAACCGUAGAGCCAGACGUAACUACCCGUAUAAUAGAUGGUCAAGAACAUUCUUAUCUUAUACUGUUAACGGACGGUCUCACUUCCUUACUUACAGAUCAAGAAUUAGUCGAUUUGAUAAGACAUUCCUUUGACCCUACAAGAGCCGCAAAGACGAUCGUCCAUUUCGCGGAGGAUUUAGGUGCAUCAGACAAUUGUACGGCGAUAGUAGUACCUCUAGGAGGUUGGGGUGAUGUAGGUGGGGAAGAUACCACGAAAGAUAGAAGAGAGUACAGGAGAAGGAGGUUUGGCGAGAUGAACACUAGAAUGCAGAGAAUGUAG